AUGCCGCAAAACGUCCUACCCAUCCCUUUCGAAGUGAUAUACGCUGCGUCGGACCCUCCAGCACGUGUGCUGCUGAGGACCCUCCAAUUCGAGUAUGGCGGCAUCCCGGUCCCCAUCGCUCCCGAGCAUGCUCAAGCUAUCCACCGGCUGGCCUCGCACAUUAUCAAAACCUAUAAGAGGAGCUUUUACCCAAAAACCGAACACGACAAGAUGUUCAAGCUGGUGGCGGACGCCCACAGAAUAAGCACCGAACAACCAUGGAAGCCGGCCCAGUCGACUGGGCGUACCGUCAACGGUGACCACAAGCCCUUGUCCAAAGCCAGUCAAGACCAGAUCAAACGCUUGGAAACUCAGAAUUUGCAGCUCAAGCGUGAACUGGCCCGGCUGAAGCGCCAAAUCGUCGACCUCACCGGCAAUGUGGCGAGCCUGGAGACCAAGACUGUUCAACUUAAGCGCAAGUUCGACCAUGAGGAUGACUCCACACUGUGUGACGGCGAUAAUGAGGGCAGGUAG